UGACAGUUGUGUCUCAAGAAAGCUCAAAGAUUUUGUUUUAGCCAACUUAAUGCCACAAGUUAAGGUCUGUUGUGCUUUUGAGUUUGAAUCAGGGCGCAUGUCCGAAACCUUUAAUGGUUUGAUUCAAGCCAAGAGAUGGACGACGAGGAACGGCAGAGGAAACUAGAAGCGGGACGAGCGAAGCUUGCUAGCUUCCGACAGAAGCGGGCGAAAGGCGACGGUGCGGGGGCGCCGAAAAAGACGCAGAAGAGGAAGGGCAAGACUGUCUCGCAGGAUGACGGAGCAACGCAAGGCCGCCCCGUAGAACCGGCACCUUCCUCAGCCAAUGACACAGAGCAGAACAAGAACACCAACCAUGAGGAACCCCAACAGCCGGAGAAAUCUGAGGUUCAGCAAAACCAACGGCCGAACAAUCAGCCCCCCAUCCUGGAGCAAACACCGUCCCCUGUGGAAGAUUUUAGAGACGACGAGCUAGUUGCACUCACUGGCAAAGAGCAGCUAAAGCAGCUACAGCAGGCUGUGGAGAAACGUAAUGAGAUAAUUGCCAGGCUCAGCUCCAACCUGCAGGACGCCAUAGCCAGCAGAGACCAGGUACAACUGGAGGCUCAGUCACUUGCUGGACAGAUCCAGGCUCUACAGAGACAGCUCCAGCAGACCAGUGUAGAGUUUCUGCGCAUCAAAAGUCAUUCAGGGGCUGAAGUCCUCAACACCCAACAACAGCAUCGGCAUGACCAUUGCUCCCAAGAUGCAGACCUCAAUCAUAAGGAGGCACCAUCAGAGGAUUCGGGGUGUGGAGGUCCUGGCUCCCAGUCAAGUGUUGAAGGCUUUAGCACUGGUUCUGAUAGUGGGACCAGCACUGUUCUUCACAAAUUGAGGGCUGAGCUGGAAGAAGAAAGGCAGAACAGCCAAAGUUUAUGUGCUAAACUAAUGGAGGAGAUUGAGAAACACCAAAAUGUGCUUUCUUUACUGGACAAGGAGAAGAAAGGCAGGGAAGAGGAGCAGAAAGAGAGUUCCACACAGGUACAAGACCUUCAGACCCAGUUAAGCUUAGUCCAAACCCAGUGCCUUGAGAUGCAGCAGUACAAAGAGGAGAAGGAGAAGCUGAACAGAGAAGUGCUAGAGCUGAGGAAAAGGCUUCAGGAGGAAGACAGCGCCGAGAGGAGAUCUAGUGAGGAGGUGGCCAGCUCGGCUCUUCGUCUCCAGAGACAGGAGGAGGACAUGCAGAAGCUCAAAGAGGAGUUGGAGGGAGUUAGGCAGCUGUUGGAGGAGCGGGAGAAAGAACUGAAGUUUAGAGAGGAAGAGGUCGUAGGACUCAAAGCUUCUAAGAAUCGGCAGAACCAAGCCAAAGCUGGCUUUAGUUGUGAGGAGAAGAUGAGCAUAGAUGAGGCCAAUCUGGAGAGCGGACCUGUGGAGGACACCAUGAGCGUAUCAAUACCUGGGGAUAUUCUGAUGGAGCGCUACCUGUCUUCAGCUCCUCCUGCACAAUCUCAAUCCUCAUUGGUCAACGAAAGCUUUGAACACUGCAAUCAGCUGGACCUCUCUGCAGACUACAGUUUUGAGCUGAACAGUGAGGUGUUGGGAGAUGAGCCUCUGUUGUCAAUUUCAAACCGUUUCCCCGAAGAAUAUGUCAGCCUCCAGAACACCUCCACCCCGCAGUGCUCGCCUGGCAUUCCUGUGGCGGAUAAUUCCCAGACUCAGUCGCUGUCUCAGUGGCUUCACAACUCGUCUUCCGGCGAGCUGGAGAUGAGUAAACUCUCUGAGCAACAGUUUGAGGAAACCGACUUGGAAAAAGAGCUGCUGAAUCAGCAGUGUGGGGAGCUCCGUGAGGAGCUGGUUCUGAAGGACAGGGACCUGAAUGUGUUAAGGGAGGAAGUCACCAACACUGCUGAAGAGCUGGAGGAGGCCAGGAUCAGGUGGGCCCAAGUAACAGAAGAGCUACAGCAGGCUCUCUGGGAACUUGAAGAGGAGAAGGAGAAGAGGAGACAUGUAGAGGAGGAGAUGAACUUGAAAGCCCACGAACAAGACAACCUGAAGAACAAACUCAGUGCCUUAAUGGAAGAAAAAGAGAAUGCAGUAAUGUUGACAGGAAAGGAGGCUGAUGAAACCUCCCUGCUGGUCCCUGCUACCUCUCAAUCAGAGGGGGGAGAUAAACUUGUAGGGGGCCCAAAAAAUGAACAGGAGAAGGAGGCGCCACUCCCGUCUCAUCAAAAACAGCAGGAGCUGCUGUUGUUGUCCCUGCAGGAGAUGAAGCAGCCUGCAAUCUCCGCCAAACAGAGCCCAGAGUUCAGCGAUGACAACCAGCUGCAAACACUACAGGCUCAAUGUAAACUUCUCAUGUCGGAGCUAGAGGAGACAAAAACAAUGCACAAAACCAUAACAGCCCUGCUAGGUCAAAGGACUGCGAACCUGGAAGAAACCUUAAAGGAGCUUGAAUCGACUCGUGCUCAGGUCGUAAAUUUUGGAACGGAAGUGGAAAGAUUGCGGGAAGAGCUGGAGAUGAGCCAGGGCAGUCUGGACAGUGCUGAAAAGGAGAGGAAUGAACUCGAGUCUCAGAUCUUCUGUUUGACACAAAACCUGGCCAACAUGGAGGAGGCCCAAGCCCAGGCAGCGCAGGAGAGAGAGGAGCACAGGAGGAAAGAGGAGGAGAUGGAUGACCGGAUUAAGAAAAUGGAACAAGUCUUAGAGGAGGAACUGGAACAGUUUGAGAACAUGCUGAAAGCAAAGGAUGUUGAGUUGACUGAAGAGAAGGAGAAAUGGGAAGAAGAGAUGCAGGAGAAGGAUAAAGAGCUCCUCGAUGUGAGGCAACACCUGGAGGAGCAGAGGGAGGAGCAGGUGAAGGCUCUCCUGGAGAAGCAGCUGGUGGCUGUUGAGGAAGCUACAGAAAGGCUCGAGACCUCUCACCAACAGGAGAUGAAACAGCUGAUGGAGAAACAUCAACAAGAGAUUUCUGAGUCCAACAAUCAUCUGCAGUCCGAACUGCUGAAGCAGCAGGCUACUAUGGAGGAAGAACAGAAGAGACAGAUCAGCCUCAUCAAACAGGUGACUGAACGUGAGCACGAGAGAAUGGUUUCAGAGCUGACUGCCAAACACAGCGAGGAGCUGAGUCACCUGAAGAUGGAGGUGUCCUUGGAGCUGAGGGAGAGCAUGGAGGCGGCCCACCAGGCUGAACUGCAGCAGGCACAGGUCCAAAAGAACAGAGAGCUUGAAGCCUUGCGUCUGAGCCUAACCAACGUCAGCAUGUCUCAGUUGGGGCAGGAGUCGUCUCUCACCAAGGUCCAGACCUCUCUGAGGGAAACCUUUGCCCAGGAAAGUGCACUUCUGCAUGCUCGGCAUCAAUUAGAACUGGACCAGAUCAGAAGGCAGAACCAGGAGCAGCAGGACAGACUGUGUGAGCUGCACCAACAAGACAUGAAUGAGUUGAAGCAGCAGUGGGAGACUCGUGUUGCUCAGGAGAGAGCUGCCAUGGAGGAAGAGCGGACCAAAGAGAUACAGGCUCUAAGGUCACAGUGGGAUAAGGAAGCUGAGAGCACCCAGUCCAACCUCCAGACAUCUCUCUCAGAGGCCCAGAGCAGCCUUACCGCCACCCAGACAGAGCUCGCCAGCACCCAUAACUCCCUCACCCAGACCAGCAAAGCUCUAGCUGAAGCCCAGACAGCUUUAUCCCAGACCCAGUCAGAGCUGCGGGAGUCAUUAGCCAGGCUCCAGGAACUCCAGGCCUCCAGUAAGGAGCAGAACCAGAAACUGGAGGAGGAGCUGAAGCUAGCCUGGGCUGACAGAGAUGCUGCUGCCCGUGCUCUGGAGGAUUUGGUUUCUAGUCAUACGGCAGUGCUGAAGGAGAAAGAGCAGCAAGCACUCCACCUAGAGGAGAAGAAACAGCAACUGCACUUAGAGGUAUUGCGCCUUCAAGAGGAGAAGACUUCGCUAAAAGAGAGGUCGGAACAAGAAGUAGGUCAGCUGUGGACCCAGCUUGAGAGCAUGAGGACCAGUCGCCAAGAGUUAGGAGAGCUGAAGGAGCAGCUGCUCGCUCGCUCAUCUCGUGUCGAUGACAUUGAGCGCCUGAAGACAGAGUUUAAUGAACAGAAACGGGAAAUCAAAGAGCACAAUGAGGCUGAGCUGGAAAGCCUGAGGAGGUACUUUGAGCAGAGAUUGAGGGCAACAGAGGAGAGCUACAGAGAAGAAAUCGCUUUGCUUCAGCUGAGGCUGGUGGAAAAGGCCUUGGAAGAAUCCGUGCUCAAAACAGCAGAUAACAGCUUCUUAUCUCAAGGCCAAGCUGAAGAGGAAGAAGAUCAUGCUUUUUCUGAUACUGGCCUCAAACAGGAGAAGCACAAGGAAGCGCUUGAUUGUUUGGGUCUUCAGCUGGUGGAGAAACACACGAUGGAGCUCGCCAAUCUGCAAUCUUCUAUGGCUUUUUCCUUUAAGGAAGAGCUGCGACAGGUGCGCUCAGAGAUCACUGACCAAUACUAUGAGGAGCUGCAGGAGAAGAGGACUCGUCAUGCCCUGGAGCUGGAGCAAAUCAGAGCCAAACUUUCUGACCGUCAUUUACAAGAGCUUAACGGAGUUCGUUUGGAGGCAGCACGGCAGGUUGAGGUGGAGGUAGAACAGAGGAUGUGGUGUCACACUGAGGAGCUGCAGACAAGGAUGACCAUCAUCCACACUCUGGAGAACAGACUGUCUGCCUUGAGUAAAAAACAUGAUGCAGAAAUGCAAAGCAACACACAAAAGCUGAAACAGGAGUUUGCUGGGGAGCUCGUUCAUCUCGAGGAAGCUCUUAAACAGGAGAGGGUGCAUGUGCAGGACGAGAUGAAGAGACUGAGAGAAGAGCUCCAAGAGAAGCAUGAAGCUGAGCUCUCUGCUCUGAAGUCAAACCUUCACACAGAGAAUGAGAAAGAGAGGUCACGCCUUGAAGAAGCACUUCACGAGGAGAAGGACAAAUUAGAGUCUCUACAAGCUGCACUGGACAAUGAUGAGAGCCCACAGGUCUUGAUGGUGCGUCAGAGACUGGAGGCCCAGUAUGACGGUGAGCUACAAAGGGAAAGGAGCUGCAUGGCGACAGAAAUCAAGGAGCUUACUGCUCUCCUCCAGGACCAAAGUGAAGAGCGGCUACGCCAAGCCCAAGAGAGGUUCCAAGAGGAAAAAGCAGCGUUGGAACAGAAUUUGGCCCAAAAAUCUGAAAUCUCUCUGGCAGAGCUAAAGAAAAAACACCAAACUGAUCUGGAACGCGAGAGAGCAACACUUCUGAACAAACACUCCCAAGAGAAGGACACGCUCAAUGCCAAACACAAAGCACAACAAGACUCACUCGGUGCCAGUCACAGAGAUCAGCGUGCAGCUACUGCCGUUGAACUUGAAUCCAAACACAAAGCUGAGCUUGUCACCUUGGAAGCGGCCCUCAAUUCCAAACGAAAAGCAGACCUUGAAAGUUUGGAGGCUGUUUUGCAGGAGACCAAUCAGGCUCAGCUGGAGGCUUUAGAAGCUGAGUUGACUCGCAAACACCAGGAAGAGAGGGAUGAACUGGAAAAGAGGAUGCUGGGUAAUAUGGACACUUUGGAGGCUACAUACCUGAAGGAAAUUCAAACACUGCGUGAUGAAAUGGUGCAACUUGAAGAGAGACAUUGUCAAGACCUGAAUCUCCUGAAGUCCCAAAAUAAGCAGAUAAUGGAGCGUCAUGGCGCAGAGCAGCUGUCAUUCAGGGAGGAGCUGAGGAAAGAGCUGGCUCAGGUGCACAUAGAGAAGUUUAGCGCCAUGGCAGCCGAGCUCAGCCACGUUCACAAGACUGAGCUGGCUGCUCAAAAAGAGGCCUUAGAUACUGGACACUGCAAAGCCCUGGAGACUCUUAAGAAGCAGGUUUUGGAACUCGAGCAACAACACAGCACUGCUCUUCAGGAGCUCUCGCAUACCUACACCGCUGAGAAAGAGCAACUCAUCGCACAGCAACAGCUCCAGAUACAGGAGUUGAGGGCUGUCUCUGCGCGGGAAUUGGAGGCAUGUCGCAGGGAGCUUGAAGAGGAGUCAUUAAGGCAACGUCAGCACUUCCUAGAAGAGGUGGAGCUCCUCAAAAUCCAUUCAGAGGAAAGACUGCAGGACCGGAUUAAUCAACUGAAGACGGAAUUUGAAGAGCAGAAGGAGGCAGAGCUUGAGGACCUGAAGCGGAGCUUCGCAUCUGAACAAGAGGAGAAGGAGCGGAGCUACACGGGCAAAAUGAGCCAGCUCACUAUCCAGCUGCAGCAACUAGACGCCGUGGUGGCCCAGCUGCGAGCGGAGGUUGGCUGUUUGCAGGGGGAGCUGGAAGGGAAGCGUGCAGAGAUGGAGACUUUGGACACUCUCCUCCAACGAAGGGAGCGAGAGACUCAGGAGGGAGGCAACCUUCUAAACAUGCUCACUGAUGACUUACAGAGUGCUAAAGAGGAAAGACGUAAACUGCACCAGGCCAAUGAAAAACUGAAGAAGGUGCUGAUUGAGAUGAUUCGCAGCACCAUUGCAACAGAGGACCUGAUUGGACAAAAGAUCAGUGCCAGAGCCCAAACAUCUGAGCAGGCGACCCGUCAGUGGAGCUCAACAGGGAACAAAGAUGCACAAGAAUCAGGUAUUUCGGUUGCAGACAUGUCUUCAGAAGACAUGGAGCUGACCCAUCUGCUCUGUGAGAGCCUGCUGGUUUCAGAUACUCAGAUCAAACCUGGGGGCGAAGAAGCGGCUCUGAAUGCCUGCAGCCGACUGCGUCACACUGUUGAAACCCUACUGGAGCUUCUCAACCAGGCCAACACACAGCUGGAGCAGACUCACGAUGUCCACCUUUCUCUGGAGGAAAAGUUCUCUCAGGGCAGAGAGUACUCCGCCCAACUCAUUGAGCAGCACAAGCUCGUGUUGGAGCAGCUCGAUCAGGAGGCAAAGAUGAAGAGUAAACUCCAGCUAGAACUUCACAAGGCCGAGGGGCUUCUGGAGGGCUAUGUGGCAGAGAAAGCAGUCCUCGAGGAGUCUCUGCAGCAAAAGGAGGCACAAGAGGAAAGACUUGUGGAGGAGCUGGAGGACCUGAAGGUGAAGCUGCACCAGAUGCAGACCUUCACCACAGAGCUGGAUAACCUCAGACUGAAGCAUCAGGAGCUCAGUGAGGAGCACACACUUCUCCUCCGUCAGAAGGAGCAUCUCUCCGCUGGCCUGGGGGAGAGGGAGAAAGCUCUACUUGCAGAGACGGAGCGUUUAACCCAGGAUAGGCUGGACUUGCAGCGCCAGGCAGAAAAGAACCACAGCUCUCUGUCCCUGCGCCUCAGGGCUCUGGAGAGAGAGCUGGAAGAGCAGGAAACCAAGGGCCUGGAGACGGAGCAGCACCACAAAACCCACACCGAAGACCUCAACCAGCGAGUCCAAGCACUCGAGAAACAGCUGAAACAUGACAGGCAGUUUAUAGAAGAGCAGGCUGUGGAGCGUGAACACGAAAGGGACGAGUUCCAGCAGGAGAUCCGAAGCCUGGAGGCCCAACUCAGACAGACGGCCAGCGUGGAUAACAAAGGACACAGGUUUAAGGACAUGGUUCUGCAGGUGGAGAGUCUACAAGCUAUCCUUAAAGACAAGACUGAGGACCAUGCUUCCUUGCUUGCAGCCAAUCAGCAAGCCCAGCGCGAUCUUGCAGAGCGCAAUGAGGAAAUAGAUAAGCUGGCGGGGCGAAUCAGAGAACUAGAGCAAGCACUGCUGAACAGCGCUGAGAGUCAUAGAUCCAUCAGUCACCUGGAGCAAGCGCUCCACAGAGCAAAGUUGCGAGAACAAGAGCUCACACAAGAUAAGCAGGCACUGGAGCAGCAGCAGCUGUCGAACAGGCUGCAGAUCUCCGCCCUGCAGUCCAAAGUGGAUGAGACGAGACACUGUUACCAUGACAACACGCGUGACCCCACUCAGGAGCUUAGCGAUGCCCUGGACACUGCUCAACAGAGCCUACAGAGCAAAGAGCAAGAGGUUGAGGUCCUGCUUGGCCAACUGGAGACUGUUCAGAGGGACUUAAGCAUCAAAGCGGUUGAACUAAAACACCUCGCACUACAGCUGGAGCUACUGACCAAUCAGAAUGCAGCUCAGGUUAACGAGCUCCAAGAACAGAUUUCUGCCCUACAGGAAAAUGUGUCCACUCUCACCAUACUCAAGGAGGAGCAAGAGGAACAAAGCGAGGUGGAGGACACGGAGGAAGAGAACCUCUCCUCAGCAUUACUCCAGGAGAAAAACCAGGAGAUCGACCAGCUCAGCAUUGAGAUCCAAAAACUGGAACAGGAUUUGGAGAACAACGGGAACAACAAGGCUUUGGAGGCCGAGCUUGAGGAUCUGCGCUCACAGGUGGAACACCUUCAGUCUGAAAUCGUGAGAGUGCGUCAGGACAAACAGGAAGAGGAGGAGCGCCUUCACGAGGUCAUCAGCACACUGCAGGCAGAACUCGCCACUUUAGGCCCAAACCUGCAUGAAGUCAGCGACUCUCAGGAUGGUGACAGCAUUAACCCCUCGCCGGCUCCCAGCCCCGAACCCGACCACUGUACCAUCCAGGAACAAGCGAGGAGGGGAGGACCGAACAGCCUGAAGCAAGAGCUCAGUCUGAGUCAUUCUGCCUCAUCUUGUUCCCUACGAUCUCGUCUCAAUGCCCUACAGACUCAGCUGGAGACCGCGGUGGCAGAGAAAGACGGACUGGAACGGUUACUGCUCACCCAGGAGGAAGAGUACAGAGGACACGGGGCGGAGUUCGGAAGGAGGCUGACAGCCGAGCGGGAGAGGGCAGAUGAACUCCAAGGUGUCCUCGCUGUCAAAGAAGCUGAGCUGGAGGAAGUGAAAGCCCAGAGAGAAGAGGAGACUGAGAAGAGGAAACUAUCUGAGGAGGAGAGGGACAGUUUCAGGACUCAAGCCGACGAGAUUAGCGCACUGCAUGAGAAGAACGUCCAGCUCAGCUCUCUGGUUAUGGAACUCCAAAAGAAAGAACAGGAGAGCGCGACAGAGAUCGAGACUCUUGUAUCAAAAGAGCAGGAAAUGCAAACGGAAAUAGAGGUCCUUCGAGAAACCAGUCUCACUCUUGAGAGACAACUCCAGGAGGUUCGGGCCGAGGUGGUAGACAUGGAGGCACUGGCUGCUGAGGAAAGGACAAAGAUUAAAACCCUCAAGACUGUGAAGGGAGAGCUUUAUGCUGAACGUGAGGCGCUGAGGAGGCGGGAGGGGCAUCUCCAGGAGGAAAUUGAGAGACUCAGACAGGAAGUGAUUUCCAUGAGAGCCUGUAUCCAGGACCUGACAGGUCGGCUCAAUGAGAGGGAAACCAGUCAAGAAGAGGCUCAAAAGGAAGUGCUGACCCAUGCUGAGGUGACCCUGGCUAAAGCAGACGCUGCCUUGAGACAGAGGGAGGCUGAACUCGCCAGACUGAAGACAGAGCAUCAGGCUCUGAGGGACGAGCUGACUGCGGUGAAACAGGGUCUGAAUACCAGUACAGAGAGGGCCGAGAAACUACAUGAGGAAGGACAGACCAAAGACCUAGCCUUAGUGGACCUGGAGACUGAUAACCAACAGCUGAAGGCGGAGCUUCGAGUUCUACAAGAAGACCUGGCUGUACAGGAAGAAGAACUAUCCUAUCACCAAAGAGAACUACAGCGACUCCAACAACACUGUCAACAGCAAGACACACUUUGUCACCAGCAAGGAUACCAACAGAAUGAUAUUUCACACAGAACUUUUGAGGAUUCCGUGAGCGUGUCUCGUGACGAAGCCUCUCUGAGCUCUCCGGAAGUUUUAAGGAGACUCGAAUGCUCCGAAGACAGAAUCCCAGAAAGGUUCCAUGCCUCUGCUCUCGGCUCUCGUCUGUCCGACUACAGCGCUUUGAACAGCACAGGCCUGGAUCUCCACCACGUCAAGACCUCUCCCAGGGUUGUGAUGGAGCCUCCACACUCCAGGACCGUCACACCAGAUCCAACCACACAGAGUACUCACUCCCCAGCCUCCGUGUCAGUGUCAGACAACUUCUCCAUGCUCGACUCACUGGACACUGAUAAAGCGCGUGAGUUGGAAGAACUUGAUCUAACAGAGCCUCCAUCCCCCCUCGGCUCCACCUCCUCCUUGUCAGCACCAGAAUGGGCCAGUGAUGGAUAUGGCAGCAAUGUGAGUUCAGAAUUGGGUGCGAGGCUGAGAGUCGAGCUGGAACAGACUGAAAGGCUGGAUGCUCAGUUUCUCGAGUAUCUCCACUGCCGAGGAAUGAACCCCACAGUCAACACAGAUAGUGCUGCAGGCAGCAUGAGCUACAGUGAUGACCUGUUGUCACCUGAGCUUCAGGGUCUGUUGAAGAAAGUGUAUCAAGAAAGCUGCCGAAUUCUCACAUUGUCCCAACGUCGCGCCGCGUCCUCAACACAACAUCAUGUCUCGGACUUAAGAGCCUUCUCGUUGAGUCAGAGAGGGCAUCAUUCUGAAGAUGGUGCCAUCAUACUGGACCAGCAGGACAAUUCAUCCUCAAUCCCCCCAAUGAGCUGGCAGCAGGAGAAGAGGGCACUACAGGAGACUGUGGUUGCUCUCCGAGAGCUGCUCUGUCGAAUGGCCCAGAGACACACACAUACUGACCACAGAGAUGAAGAUGACAGGCAAAGAGAUCAGCUCCAAACUGACGGACAUGGUGAAUCCCAACUGAGGACUGAGCUGGAGGAGACCCAGAAACAACUGAAAUGUGCUCACGACACUCAGUUAGAGCAAAAGAACAAAAUGCAGACAGUCAGGAUGGCUGUCGAAGAGCGUGAGGAAGCUUUGAGACGGGAGCAGAUGAGAGUCCAGGAGCUUCAACAACAACUGGAGCAGGAGAGAGCUCUGAGUCUCCGUAAGGACAGAGAGGUGGAGGAACGGAGAGAGGCUGUGCAAGUUUCCUCUGAGCAGCAGAGGUCAGAGGUCACGGCUCUGAAGGGUCAGGUGGAACAGGAGAAGGUGGCCUGCAGCAAUCUCCGACGGGAGCUUCAGAUUGAACAGUCCCGCAGUGUGCUGCUGGAGAAACGCCUGGACGACACCCAGAAGGAGCUAGAAGAUGAACGCCAACUUUCUGCUCAUCAACAAGAGCUCAACUUGCAAGACAAGACUCGUCUUGAGCGCCUCAUGACUGAAGCAGAAUCUCGCCAAGCAGAAAUUCACUCCAAGCUCUCAAAUGCUUGCCGGAAGCUGGAUGAAGAGCGAGACCGUUGCUCCAGGCAGGUGGAUGAACUUAGCCGCAGACACGAGGCGGACGCCGCCAGGGACAGGAAGUUCCUCUCCGACAUGCGCGCCCAGCUGGAGCAGGAGCGAAGGCAGGGGGAGGAGCUGGUAGUUGAGCUGGACAAACUGAGAGCUGAGCUACUGCAGAGCAGGAGGAAAUGGGAAGAGGAGGACAAAACGAGGAGGGUGGAGCUGCAGAGGGAGCAGGAGGCCGCCACUCGAUAUCGUGUAGCUACGGAGACCUUGAAGGAGCAGAAACGCGAAACCAGCUGUGCUUUGGAGAAGGAGCGAGAGCGGUCCAGACACCUAGGGGUGGAACUGGCCGAGCUGAAGGAGAGACUGCGACUGCUGAAGGACAAAGAGAGGGAGAGGGAGGAGCAGUGGGAGAGAGAGAAGAGGAAGGAGAGGCAACAGCAGAUGGAGAGAGACAGACGACAGGAAAGGACCAACAGCAAACUGUGUGAGUUAGAGUUGUUGAGGCAACAGGACCAGCAGCGCAUGCAGGAGCUGCAGCGCACUCUGGCAGAGCUGGAGCGGGAGGAGAGAGAGAUGGCUGCUCAGAGGCUGUCUGGACGAACCACAGGGCAGCAUCACAGGGCUGCAUCUUCACAGCAUCUCCAGAGUGACUACCAGGCAGGCAGUGCACAACUAAACCAGCAGAUGGAGUCCAUAUCAUCCUCGUCCAGUCUGCUGGAAAGGUUGCUGAAGGAGAACUCUGAACUUACAGAGCGCGUUACAUCCCUGAGUCAGGAGAGAGCCACCCUCAAACAUAAACUCACCUGCUUGGAGCGACAGCUGCGGCGCACAGAGAACGAGCUCGCCAAGGUCACCACAGAAACUGAAAACAGACCCGUCAGUGAUGUGAUCAGCAACAGCAAGGUGCAGCGCCUGUAUGAGCGCUACCUGCGUGCUGAGAGCUUCAGGAAAGCUCUGGUCUACCAGAAACGAUACCUGCUGCUGCUGUUGGGAAAUUUCCAGGAGUGUGAGCAGGCCACACUGUGUCUCAUCGCUCACAUGGGGGCACGGCCGUCACCCCCGCUCUCCCACAACAGACCCCUCGGACGAUUUAGGGCUGCUGUUCGGGUUGUCAUUGCUGUCUCGAGAAUGAAGUUCCUGACCAGGAAAUGGCAGAAAGCGAUCAGAAGAUUAUCUGUAUCUGGGACUGUCAAUGGACAUUGUCAAGGGCCUAAAGCUGAAGUUUUAAGGCAACAACAGCCAAGAUUACAUUUUGACUCGCCACCAAACAGAGAGACAGUGUCCGCUCUUGUUCCGCCCACAAAAUCACCCUUCAGGUUGCACAACAGGGUUCACUCCAGCACCAGUCUGGGCUCGGAGCAUUCAGGAGGAAUGUCUCAGGAUCCAGAGCGAUCUCUGACGGAGUAUAUCCACCAUCUAGAGAAAGUCCAGCAACGGUUGGUGGGAGCAAGACAAGGUGAACAGCAUUAGGUUCGUCUGCUUUCCAGCCCGACCCGAAGUUAUCCGACCACUGAAUGAAUGAAUGUCUGCGUAUCUUUCCAAAACUGUCCAUGCCUUACACCUUUGUAGAAAUAUGUUGAAAGGAAUAUCGUGAGUUGAAUUUUUGAAAGAUGUGAUUUUAUAGUUACAUAAAUUAUUUUUAAUAUUUUCUAUUGUAAUUUUUCUAUUCCCUGUGCAUUAGUAUUUUGAAGGCUCCCUUAAUAUGUUGCAAGAACAGAUGGUUUUCUUUUAUUGUAAAGUGUGCUGUUUGUUAUUUUUCUACUAAUGUUUUUAUAUCCUUGUGUGAUGUAAAUAGGACUGAUGUUCAUUUUACAUGUGUCCAAAUUUGCACUGAUUCUUUUUUCUGUAAAUCGAUGAUCAACGUAGCUAGUGAGCACGUUAUUGCAUAAAGGUGAACCAUAUUUGUUUUUUGUAUUCUCUAUGUUUCUACCAUAAAGUUGAUAAAUAUUUUAAAUGUGUUAACAAACCGAAGGGACUGGGUUUAUUUUUUUUUGUACCUCUUAAAUGAAGUAUCUCCUGAGGUUUCUGUCACUUUUGCACCAUGAAAAUUCUUCAAGAAACAUUUAUAUUAGAGGUUUGAUUGUUGUGUGCUAUUUAUUUAGUUAACCGUAAUAUAGGAGAAACGGUUUGAACAUACAUGAUACUUUAAUAAAAUAACAGGAACAGAGCACUGAAGGAAUCUGUUCUCCAGUAACAGAUAAUAAAGACUGUACAGGCUCAUUUAGGGUGAGUUAGCAACAAUAAAAGACAAAAGAAGGGGCAUGAUAAAACUACAAAUACUCAUGGUACAUCAGAUUUAUGCAUUUGUAAGUUAGAAAGUGAAAAAUCUAUCAAUUUUACUUUAAAAAAAAAAACAAAAAACAAGAUAAUUGUAAAUAAUUGCCAUUUUUGGCACUUGCAAAUGACAGGUAAUAGAACAUGUAAACCAUACUUUGGUGUCUCAUUUUUACCUCUUUACUGAAGAUUUCAUUCCUUUUUAUAAUAGUAAAUAAUGAGAAUAAAUAUGACCAAACCUAUACAAUCAAAUAAAUGAGGUUUGGAUGUGAAUCAAAUGCAAUAAUUAAGCUUGUUUUAAUAGAUAAUAAGUAAUAGUUUUUGGUUAAAAAGCUAUAAUCUUUUACUAAUCAUAAUGUUGAUUUACAAUGAGUAUUUGAUCAUUAAUUCACAUUUUAUUUUCCUGAAACGGGCUUUCCUUGAUUUUAUUUUAUUUUUUUAACUGAUUACACUCUUGUUUGUAAUUAAAACGUAUUAAACGUCCAGACAGAAACAGCCUCCCUAUCAUGUGUUUGUGUUACAGAGAUGUUUAUUAUUAUGUAACAGCCUCUCUAUCAUGUGUUUGUGUUACAGAGAUGUUUAUUAUUAUGUAACAGGCUCUCUAUCAUGUGUUUG